UGGAAAAACUGCUUUCAAACAGAACAAUUAACGUUUAGAUUUUUAAUUCAAAUCACAAACUGGGUUAGUCAUUUGUUUAACAAACAAAAAUGAGAUAAGCUUUCCCCUCCCCCUUAAGACAUAGAGACCGUUGCCUCGAGGAUCGGUGCUAUUUUCUAUUUCCAGCAUGGGUAAUCCUGGAUGGAAAGGCAGAUUUGCAUUUGUUCUUUGCAUCACCAUCACCUUGUCUUGUCCAAUUACUCGAGCAGCUAGAAUAUUGGUCGUGCCUGUUGAUGGGAGUCACUGGAUCAAUAUGAAAUGUUUGAUAGAAGAGCUGAACCUUCGUGGCCACAGCAUCACUGUGCUCAGUCAGUCAACGUCCUUGUAUAUCAAAGAGAGCCCCGACUUGUAUCAAUCCAUUAUGAUUCAAAUGCCAAGAGAAUAUGAAAAUUACAACGUGAUGGAAAAUAUUGUACAAAAAACAUUAGAAAACUUACAGGAAGGCUCGACAGUCUGGGGAAAAAUUAAUCUCCAAUAUGAAAUGUUGAUGUUUUUGUUUGAGUAUCAUCAAUGGGCGAAAGAGAUUAUCAAAGCAUUAUUCGAAAACAAUAGCUUGUUGAACCAACUUGGAAAUGCAAAUUUUGAGUUAAUACUUACAGAUCCGGUAUUUGGUAUGGGGUCAAUGCUUGCUUAUUAUUUAAAACUGCCGCUGGUGUACAACGUUCGAUGGCAAGUUGGUGGGGAAGGUCAUUUACUCACUGCCCCCUCACCACCUUCCUACAUCCCACGCACUGGCUCACAUUUGACAGACAAGAUGAAUAUUCUCCAAAGAUCACAAAAUGUCCUGCAAACUCUUAAUGAGUUCCUGAUAAUAGAGCUUUUGGUCUAUCCACGUUAUAAUGAAAUCUGCCAACAGUAUCUGGGACCAGACACAGACUUCAAGUCGAUUCUCCUCAGAGCUGAUGUGUGGCUGAUGAGGGUGGAUUUUGUGUUUGAAUUCCCAAGACCCACCAUGCCAAACAUUGUGUACAUCGGAGGCUUCCAGUGUAAACCAGCACGGCCUCUGGCAGCAGAGUUUGAGGAGUUUGUCCAAAGCUCAGGGAAACAUGGACUUGUUGUAAUGUCAAUGGGAACUGUGGUCAAUUCCUUGCCAAUGGAGAUUACAAUGAAAAUAGCAGAAGCUUUUGCUCAAAUCCCCCAGAAGGUUAUCUGGAGAUAUGAUGGUGAGACACCUCCCAAUAUAGGGAAUAAUACACUGCUGGCAAAAUGGAUCCCUCAGAACGACCUGCUGGGUCACCCCAACACACGAGUCUUUGUUUCACACGGAGGCACCAAUGGGAUUUAUGAAGCCAUCUACCAUGGGGUGCCAGUGAUCGGCAUGCCUCUGCUUUUUGACCAGUUUGACAAUUUAGUCAGACUCGAAUCCCGAGGAGCAGCAAAAGUGAUCAACAUUGCAACCAUGCACUCUACAGAUCUGUUGCAGGCACUCAAUGAGGUGAUAAACGGCGCAUCUUAUGGGGACAACAUGAAGAGACUCUCCGCUCUCCAUCGGGACCAGCCAGAGUCGCCAAUGGAGAGAGCCAUUUUCUGGGUUGAGUACGUUGCCCGACACAAAGGAGCGGGGCAUUUGCGCUCAGAAUCCCACCGACUCCCCUGGUACGUUUACUAUUGUGUAGAUGUGAUGAUCUUUCUGUUGUCUUUGUUACUCCUGCUCACUGUGUUGGUGGUUGGAACACUGAAGAAACUUUGUCGUAGUGUUUGUGGGAAAAAGCAAAAGACUGAGUGAGAUUUUUUUCCCUUGGUAUAUUUUGUUUUUUCAAAUGAAUCAAAUAAAGUUUUUGAUGCAGA